GCGCCAUGCUGCGCCUGGGGCUGUGCGCCGCGGCGCUGCUGUGCGUGUGCCGGCCGGGUGCCGUUCGCGCCGACUGCUGGCUCAUCGAGGGCGACAAGGGGUACGUGUGGCUGGCCAUCUGCAGCCAGAACCAGCCGCCCUACGAGACCAUCCCGCAGCACAUCAACAGCACCGUGCACGACCUGCGGCUCAACGAGAACAAGCUCAAGGCCGUGCUCUACUCCUCGCUCAACCGCUUCGGGAACCUCACCGACCUCAACCUCACCAAGAACGAGAUCUCCUACAUAGAGGACGGCGCCUUCCUGGGCCAGUCGAGCCUGCAGGUGCUGCAGCUGGGCUACAACAAGCUCAGCAACCUGACUGAGGGCAUGCUGCGCGGCAUGGGCCGGCUGCAGUUCCUCUUCGUGCAGCACAACCUCAUCGAGGUGGUGACGCCGGCCGCCUUCUCCGAGUGCCCCAGCCUCAUCAGCAUCGACCUGUCCUCCAACCGCCUCAGCCGCCUGGACGGCGCCACCUUUGCCAGCCUGGCCAGCCUCAUGGUGUGCGAGCUGGCCGGCAACCCCUUCAACUGUGAGUGCGACCUCUUCGGCUUCCUGGCCUGGCUGGUGGCCUUCAACAACGUCACCAAGAACUACGACCGCCUGCAGUGCGAGUCGCCCCGCGAGUUCGCCGGCUACCCGCUGCUGGUGCCCCGGCCCUACCACAGCCUCAACGCCAUUACUGUGCUCCAGGCCAAGUGCCGCAAUGGCUCGCUGCCCGCCCGGCCCGCCAGCCACCCCACGCCCUACUCCACCGACGCCCAGCGGGAGCCUGACGAGAACUCGGGCUUCAACCCCGAUGAGAUCCUCUCCGUGGAGCCGCCGGCCUCCUCCACCACCGACGCGUCCGCCGGGCCCGCCAUCAAGCUGCACCAGGUCACCUUCACCUCGGCCACGCUGGUGGUCAUCAUCCCACACCCCUACAGCAAGAUGUACGUGCUGGUCCAGUACAACAACAGCUACUUCUCUGACGUCAUGACGCUCAAGAACAAGAAGGAGAUCGUCACGCUCGACAAGCUGCGGGCACACACGGAGUACACCUUCUGCGUGACUUCGCUGCGCAACAACCGCCGCUUCAACCACACCUGCCUGACCUUCACCACACGGGACCCCGUCCCCGGCGACCUGGCGCCCAGCACCUCCACCACCACCCACUACAUCAUGACCAUCCUGGGCUGUCUCUUCGGCAUGGUCAUCGUGCUGGGGGCCGUCUACUACUGUCUGCGCAAGCGGCGCAUGCAGGAGGAAAAGCAGAAGUCCGUCAAGGUCAAGAAGACCAUCCUGGAGAUGCGCUACGGGGCCGACGUGGACGCCGGCUCGGUGGUCCACGCCGCCCAGAAGCUGGGCGAGCCCCCCGUGCUGCCCGUGUCCCGCAUGUCCUCCAUCCCCUCCAUGAUCGGGGAGAAGCUGCCCACCUCCAAGGGGCUGGAGGCCGGGCUGGACACGCCCAAGGUGGCCACCAAGGGCAACUACAUCGAGGUGCGCACAGGUGUGGGUGGUGACGGCCUGGCCCGGCCUGAGGACGACCUCCCGGACCUGGAGAACGGCCAGGGCUCGGCGGCGGAGAUCUCCACCAUCGCCAAGGAGGUGGACAAGGUCAACCAGAUCAUCAACAAUUGCAUCGAUGCCCUCAAGUUGGACUCGGCCUCCUUCCUGGGGGGGGGCGGGGGCGGCGGGGACCCCGAGCUGGCCUUCGAGUGCCAGUCCCUCCCUGCGGCCGCCACCGGCUCCUCCGCUGCUGCCCCCGGGGCCCUGGAGCGGCCCAGCUUCCUGUCACCCCCAUACAAGGAGAGCUCCCACCACCCCCUACAGCGCCAGCUGAGCGCCGACGCCGCCGUGGCCCGCAAGACCUGCAGCGUCUCGUCCAGCGGCUCCAUCAAGAGCGCCAAGGUCUUCAGCCUGGAUGUGCCUGACCACCCGGCUGCCGCCGGGCUGGCCAAGGCCGACUCCAAGUACAUCGAGAAGGGCAGCCCCCUCAACAGCCCGCUGGACCGGCUACCUCUGGUGCCCGCGGGCAGUGGGGGCGGCGGUGGCAUCCACCACCUGGAGGUGAAGCCCGCCUACCACUGCAGCGAGCACCGGCACAGCUUCCCCGCCCUGUACUACGAGGAGGGCGCCGACAGCCUGAGCCAGCGCGUGUCCUUCCUCAAGCCGCUGACCCGCUCCAAGCGGGACUCCGCCUACUCGCAGCUCUCCCCCAGACACUACUACUCAGGUUACUCCUCCAGCCCUGAGUACUCAUCCGAGAGCACGCACAAGAUCUGGGAGCGCUUCCGGCCCUACAAGAAGCACCACCGGGAGGAGGUGUACAUGGCCGCCGGCCACGCCCUGCGCAAGAAGGUCCAGUUCGCCAAGGACGAGGACCUGCACGACAUCCUCGAUUACUGGAAGGGGGUCUCGGCCCAGCAGAAGCUGUGACCCUCUCCUCCCUGGUGAGGUCGGAGGGGGAGGGCAGGGCGCGCGGGGAAGGGCCCGGGCGGCCGGGCGGGGCGCGCUGGGGGCCGAGGCCCCGCAGUGGACGCACACGCACACCCGCACGCACGCACCAUGCACACACCUGACCACCACCUGACUGUGAACACCACCACCCGACAAUAACGGACAGGAAAACAAAGACACGUUCUCCUUAAAGUUUACACACUGAUACCGACACCAGUGUCUACUGUGCUGCCCAGGGCUCUGCAGGGGUGCGGGCUGGGUGAGGGCGGGGGGGGCAGAUCAGGACGCCCAAAGAGGGUGUGGGGUCUGGGGCUCUGGGACGAGGACAGGUCUGGGGGAGAAGGAGGCCGGGCGGAGAUGGAAGAGCCCCCUCUGGGGCAGGAAGAGGCGCCCCCCAUCCUGGCUAGGCGCCAGGUCUCUUGGAGAUAGCACCAGGGGGCCGGUGGGCCUCACGGCCUUCCUUUAUGGAUGGGGAAACUGAGGCCCGGAGAGAGGAAGUGAUAAACCCAGGGUCACGUGGCAGGUUAGUCUCAGUGUCCCCACUCCCCAGCCCAGUGCUAUUCGUGCCCCCAGAGGCUGCCCUGGGUUCCCCCUCUGUCCACCCACCACCCCUUCCAAAGUGGUGGUCUCCUUGGGGCCGAGGGACUUGAGAAUCAGGAGGGUGCUUUUCCUUUCUAGAAAGCUCCAUGGCUGCAUCCCCAAAGCUGUGAUUCAUCAUGCCGGGGGGCUUCUACCCCCACCCCUACGCCAGCACCCGGGAGAGGAAUGAGGGGAGCAUCCCCUGCUGGGGGGAGCACGGGACGUCCCACCAGCCCCUUCCAGUGUCUUCCAAGUAGUCUGGGGUCUGAGGAGAGCGGGCUGGGCCAGCUCCCACCGCAUCUCAGGUGCAGCCCCCCGUGCUCCAGCCCCCCAGCUUCUCUGGGCCUCCAGGACCCCCUACUCAUCCCAGAAGGACAGCAGUGACUGUGAGGCCUGGGAGCGGUGGGGAGGCUGGUGUCACGGGAGCCUUCUGCCUGGGCCUCCCGCCUGCCUGACCCCCAUCAUGGGCUCUCAGGGCAGAUCUCAGCUGGGGUACCCACCCAUGCCCCUGGCCUCAGGGCCCCAGGUUUCCAAGGAAGUGGCCACUCCCCCUUGCUGACCCCCACCCAACAUUGAACAAAGCACAAACAGUGAGCACCCCCCAGGGCAGGGGGGCAGGUUGGGUUUCAGGGGCCCCUCCCCCCUCCCUGGCCAGUGUCUGUCGCCGCAGCAACCGGGGGCCUGGCAGUUAGGGCUGUUGGGCUCCUGGGGGUUCUUUCUCAGUGUGGGUGGCAGAGGGCUGCAGGGUGGGCAGGCCCCGCAGAGGCUGCCUUUCUCGAGAGCCAGGGGCACCUGGGACUAGCUCUGGGGGCCAGAGCUGGGGUCUUGAACACUCUCUAGGUGCCGAGGGGCCCGAGCCAGCAGGCCUUCCCUCCCCCUGUGGUUGGGAGGGGGUUGUGGGGGGGUAACUGUAGCUGGCCUGAGGCUCCCCAGGCUCCUGGUGAUGGGCAAACUCACUCCCCCAGCCCUGCCGGACACCCCAGCCUCUGGCCUGUCACCCACUUGGGUUUCUUGAGAUUUGGGGAAUGUGACUGGGGGGUGAGGGUGGGUGCUGGGGUGGGAUCAA